AAAAAAAACAAAAACGAAAAUAAGUGAAAAAAUAAUAAAAAUAGUGAACAACAACAACAACAACAACAACAAGGGGAAAAACAGAGAGGGGAAUCGAACCCAGGAACGGUCGCCCCUCUGAACAGUGCCACGCCACAGUGCCACGCCACAGUGCCAGCCUCGUGAUGGAGCUCCUCUCCCAUAUAUACGGGUUACAGUACCGCUUGUGGAACUGGUGGCACGGAUCAGCGAUGGGGUUCAGCGCAGCCCUUCAGGGGGAGAUGGGCCACGCUGCUGUGCUGGGGAGACAAGAUGCUGAGUUACGCCUGCUGGACACUAUGAGACGGAUUCUAGUAGCAAGAGCGAAGUGUGAUAGGGAGUACUCAGCAGCAUUGACUCAGCUUGCCCGCACUGCUGACAAAAUGGACUCCCCUGAUCCACUCCUCGAUGACUCAAAACUCCAUAAGGCGUGGCGGGUGAUGGUGGACGGGCUGGAGGACUGGAGCAGCACCAUGAGAGAGAACGCAGACACACUGGUGGCGGACACGGUGGAGAAACUGGUGCAGCUUAUAACAGAGAAGAGAGCGUCACGGAAAGUCUACUACGAGGAACACCAGCGCAUCACCAACGAAGUGUCCAGGUUGCAGGACGCGGUUGGAAAGGCGCGGGGUUACUACGAACAGACGCUGGAACUUUACAAAUCCUCGAAAACCAAGUAUGAAGAUCAGUUCUUGAAGGGUAAGCCCGGCAGGAGACUAGACGAGCUGAAGGAGAGAUAUCAGAAGGCUUGUCGCAAACUUCACCAAACCCACAAUGACUAUGUUCUGCUCCUGUGCGAGGCCGCUGACUACGAGAGGGACUUCAGGACCGUCUUACUCCCGGGACUGCUGGAGUAUCAAGAGAGGGUGCAGGAGGACAUGGUGGAUAAGUGGCGGUCCAUUCUCCUGGAGGUGUGGGAGCUGACAGACACGUCGAAGGGGCGGUACAGUGAGAUCCAGGCUGAAGUAGGCUCUGCUGUAAAUGCUAUCUCCUCCAGGACAGAGUACAGUGCCUUCUCUGAGGAAAACAAGAGCCCACCACCUGAACCAGUGUCCUUCGAAUUCUGCAGCGACUUACUGGGGGACGGCGUGGGGUCCUUACAGCCAGGGAGACUCGCCGUGGACUCCUUAACCGUGGACUCUCUCAGGUUACGCCUUACUGAUAUAGAGCACAGGCUGAAGGAGGUGACGGCGGAGCUACGAGAGAAACAAAACCUCCUGAACCAGCACGAGACGGAGGUGGCCACGAUCCGGAAGGGCAUGGGCGCCGGGGGUGUUGGAGGUGUGGGGAUGUUCCAGGAUUCCCCUCAUUCUGCUUCCAGACUCCCGGUUCUAAAGAGAGCGAGUGACGUGUUGCAUCGAGAGCUGAACGAACUAAGGUGUAAGGAGUCGUGGCUUCAGCACCAGCACAGCCUCAUUCACGACCCCCUGGCUGCUCUUGGCUGCGACGACCCCCCCGCCAACCAACCCUGGGAAGCCACGCACGUCAAUGGAGACUCGACAUGCAAAUCAAAAUCCCUCCUGUCUCUCAAUUUUGCGCACCAGCGUGACAGCCUCUCCCUCAAGUCACGCUCCACUGCCAUCAAGGAACUGCUUCGGAAACCCUUUAGGAAAGCUAGUGACUCCCCCGCCUCCACGCCCCCCACCCCCAGCCGGGCAGGGACAGAGGAGCCGCCCCCUGUCACCUCCCCCGCCGACCAGCACUCCCUCAACGAUCUCGCCAUGACCCCCGACGGCGCUACGACCCCCGUGGACCACCCCCAGGCCACCUCCCCAGGGUACCCCAAUGCCCCAGGGUUGCCGCUGUGCCCUGGGGGUCCUGGGGCCGUGGUAAAUGGUAUCCCUGAGUUGACAUAUGACCCUGACCGGUGUCUGGAGGACGAGCCGUGGUUCCAUGGGGUGUUGCCGCGGGAGGAGGUGGUGCGCCUGCUGGUGGAGGAGGGGCACUACCUGGUGAGGGAGACCACGAGGAACGACGAGCAACAGAUUGUCCUCUCCGUCUGCUGGGGCUCUCAUAAACACUUCAUUGUCCAAACCACGCCUGAGGGUCACUAUAGGUUCGAGGGGCCGGCGUUCCCCACCAUACAGGAGCUGAUCCUAUACCAGCACCAGUGUGGGCUGCCCGUCACCAACAAGUCUGGGGCCAUCCUGCGCACACCCAUCUUCAGGGAGCGAUGGGAACUUAAUAACGAUGAUGUGGAGCUCAGGGAGAAGAUAGGAAGGGGUAACUUCGGCGACGUGUACAAGGCGCGGCUAAGGGACUCAGGGCUGGAGGUGGCUGUGAAGACCUGCCGCGUCACCCUGCCAGACGAACAGAAGAAGAAAUUCCUACAGGAGGGGCGUAUCUUGAAACAAUAUGACCACCCCAAUAUCGUGAGGUUCAUUGGUAUAUGCGUUCAGAAACAACCCAUUAUGAUCGUCAUGGAGCUGGUGCCGGGCGGGUCUUUACUAAGCUUCGUCAGGAACCACAAGGGACAGCUGACAGUGAAGCAGAUGAUGGGGAUGUGCCUGGACACCGCCUCUGGGAUGGCUUACCUUGAAUCUAAGAACUGCAUCCAUAGAGACUUGGCUGCCAGGAACUGUCUUGUGGGUCACAGAAACAGCGUCAAAAUCUCAGACUUCGGCAUGUCUCGGGAGGAGGAGGAAUACUACGUUAGUGACGGAAUGAAGCAGAUACCCAUUAAGUGGACCGCCCCGGAGGCUCUCAAUUUUGGUAAAUACACUUCCCUCUGUGACGUGUGGAGUUACGGCGUCCUGUGCUGGGAAAUAUUCUCGUCAGGGGAAGUGCCCUAUCAUGGUUACUCCAACACCAAGGCACGGGAAAUGAUCGACACAGGUUACAGAAUGCAGGCGCCCCUCAACACCCCAGACACGAUGUACCAGCUGAUGUUAAAGUGUUGGCAGUAUGACCCAGAUAAUAGGCCUCACUUCCCAGAGAUCUACAGUAGUGUGCAUGACAUCUGCAUGAGUCUAUAACGUUAACCUGACGGAGGGGCUGACGGAGGGAGGUGAACAGGAGAAGAGAAAAAUUGGAAAAAAAUUAAGGAACAAUGUUUUUAAAGUGAAAGAAGGAAGAGGAGGAGGAGGAGAAGAAGGAGGAUUUGAAAUUAUAUCUAUGUGUCUUUAGUGCCUGACGGGGGGGCUGACGGAGGGAGGUGAACAGAAGAGAAAAAUUGAAAAAAAAAAAAAAUGAGAACUGUGAUUUUAAAGUGAAUGAAGGAAGAGGAGGAGGAGAAGAAGAAGAAGGAGAAUACGUAAGGAUGUUUAAAUGAACCUAUAAUGCCUGACGGAGGGGCUGACGGAGGGAGGUGAAGAGAAGAAGAGAAAAAAAUAGAAAAAAAAAUUAAGGGACAGUAGUUUUAAAGUGAAUGAAGGAAGAGGAGGAGGAGGAGAAGGAGGAGGAUUUUAAACAUCUAUGUGUCAUUAGUGCCUGACGAAGGGGAUGAAGGAGGGAAGGUGAAGAGAAGAGAGAAAAAAAAUAGAAAAAAAGAAGGAAUAGUGAUUUUAAAGUGAAUGAAGGAGAAAAAGAAGGAGAAAAUACAUAAGGACAUCUGAAUGAACCUAUAAUGCCUGACGGAGGGCAGACGAAGGAAGGUGAAGAGAAAAGAAGGAAAAAAAAUAGAAAAAUGAAGGAAGUGAUUUUAAAGCGAAUGAAGGAGAAAAAGAAGGAAAAGAAGGAAAAUUAACGAUACCUAUCUAUUUUUAGUGCCUGACGGAGUGGCUGAAGGAGGGAGAUGAUGAAAGGAGAGAAAAAAAAUAGAAAAAAUGAAAAAAUUGAGAAAAAAAUGAAGGAGAAGAAGGAGGAGGAGGAAAAGAA